AUGGCCGACUUCGACAGGAACGUGCUGGAGUUCUACGGGCUGUCUACUCUGUAUCCUACAACCUGGCCAGCCGAGAAGAACGACCAGAGCGACGACUCCGAUGAAGAAAAGGAGCAAAAGAAGCAGAAGCUGAACCGCAGAAAGUCACGAUACCAGGCCCUCGAGCGAGCUGUUAGCAACAGGUCCAGUGUGGUGGUAGGAUCCGAAAAGUCCGCCAGUGGAAUUAGCAACUUGGUUCAGAAGGACGAACCCGAUCCAUUGGGCACCUCCGAAAGCGUGGUGCGAUCCUUGAGGCAGCUUGGAGUGCCCCUCCAAGAUGAUAUACGUUUACGGAAUCGUUUCUUGCUAUCCUCGACAAGCUUCUCGCCCGCCUUAUACCUAUCCCAGAUGCACGCUACUGCCGACACCGAGUCCCUUCUAAGCGGCCUGGACGUCCUGUCGAAAUCCAUUGACCAGAAGUCGGCAUCCUUAAAGGUCCUAGUCGAAUCCAACUUCGAGAGAUUCGUGCGCGCCAAGUCAACUAUCGACAAUGUCUACAAGGAAAUGAAGUAUCGCGGGGCUGAGCCGCCAUCGCCAGCUCGCGCUCGUGCGCAUUCCCGACACACCAGCCGGGGCAGCUUCAGGGGCAGUGGAAGUGGUGCGGCGCUCGGCGCGAGCCCGUUGACCUUGCCAGUCAUAAGUGACAGCAGAAAAAAGAACGCGCUCAUAAAGGAGAGUGACUACGGCGUCAUGGGCAUCAAGGGCCCCUUGCUCGACGUUUCCGCAAAGGCUGAGGAUGUUUGGGGCCCAGCCCUAGGUGGCCGGCAGAAAGAGGAGAACCUGAAGAUUGUUUCUACGUCACUUGACCGCUAUAAAGACUAUAUCGAAGCAAGCUCCAAUAUAGCGGAUAGCAUCAAGCGGAAGGACUACGACGCCCUAGUGGAAGAGUAUGGUCGGGCCAGAAAGUUCGCAGACGACACGCGAAAGCUCGUUCAAGCUCUAGGGUCGACUCCGCCCAGUGAAAUACAAACGUACCAGAUCCUGAUUGCAGCUCGCAUGUGGUACGAUGUUGAGGACCAGAUGCAGCUAUUCAAGCGAGAUGUGUGGAGAAGGCUAACGUUACUUCACAACACCGUAUCGAAAGCAGAAACCUUCGCUGGGCCGCCUCAGGAUCAACACAUGGAACUCAUCGGCUUACUACUGGAGCUUGGUGUCGAGGACAACCCAAUCUGGGUGUGGCUUUUGAGUAGAUACGACUACUUGAAGGGCAAAAUCUCACUGAUGGGAGACCGGGCAAAGGUCGAGAUCGAAGUGCUCAGGCGUCGGCUUGCUAAUGCCGAGAAACCGUCACCCCAGACGGUGGCAUCGCAUUUGAGAGUCCUUACGCGGCAUUCAGUCGAGACCAAGCCUGACGGAAUGGACUCUCCUGACGUCAUUGAGCUAUGGGAGAAGAUGCUCACCUUCUUGACGAGUCUCCUAUCUGCCCAAGGGGUCUUGGGUGAGGUCAUGGAGUUUUGGCAGACCGUCGAGAACUUCAUCGACGGCAAGGCGCAGAAGUCCUUACCGACGGGCUACAACAACGAGUCGCGUGAUCACCACCGCCUCUCUCAGCAAGGUACGCUUGAUCUCCGGAAAGGCACCAUCGAGCUCGUCGAUAUGAUCCGAGCUCAUGUGUUUGAAUUCAUCGCUGGCGCUCCGCCCGAGGAUGUCUCGCUUCUAUUUUCGCCCUUGCCUCCCUCACCCGGCACGCCUAUGUCAGCGCAGUUGUCACCUACAAACGCAAGAGAUCCCCGGUUCAAUUUCGAUGCUAAUAACCUUCCUCCGCCCUCCCCUAAACGAGGCGAGUCGUGGGAAAAGUUCGCGUUCUGGCCGCCAGCUUCCAAUUCUGUCAGUGGCGUCUACUACCUGUCCAAAAUGCUGGCCUUGGUCGGUUCUGGGGCGUCCGAGAUGGCCAGUGUAGCCCCUGUGAGCCAAGGCGACACGAAGCAAUUGGAGAUGUUGAAGACCUUGGUCGGAGCUGCACGUGAAAGAUGCGUGUCGGCACUUUGUGCUGCAUGGAACAGUGACGCCGAGAAUAUUAAGUAUGUCGAGGACUGGAAGCGUUCUAAAGAGAUGGGAGAUGUCACGCGCAUGCCGGCAAGCUUUGCUGCUUUCGAAGGCGCCUUACUCGUUGGGAUGCAGAAGAUCCUGUACAUCUCGGAGGCGAUGGCCAAGCCGGGCGCUGCGGAUAUCGUCCUUGCACCGCCGACCAAGCUGUUGCAGAUGGUUAAGAGCCAAUACGUCACAACGCUGUACAGAGCCCUCAGCGGAAUGGUCGAGAAUGCAGAAAGGGCAGUCAAAAGAGAAGCCGACGAGUGGACCACCGACUUGGAUGCCCCGAUGAGCUCUGGAAAUGACAGAGCCUCGUUAGCCGUUGGCAAGGAGACUGUUGAUGCCGGUGACCGAAAUGUCCGCAUGCUCCUAACCCUCAGCAACCUGCAGGCGUUACGUUCCCAGGUUGUUCCUAACUUGAACAGCCAGUUCGAGAAUGCAUUCUCAGUCAAACUCACAGGUGAAUCCCAGAAAAUCAAAGAUGCCCUUGGCCAAAUCGACGCCCGACUUUUCCAGACAUAUACGCGACCGUCGGUUGAGGCUCUACGAAAGAUCAUCCGCACUGGUCUGGCCGACCCCGAUUGGGCAUCAGCCAAACCUACCGAGGUCAAGCCUUACGUAUAUGAGGCUCUCCUGUCUCUUGUACUUGUCCACACCCAGGUCUCGACUACGGCACCUAGCCUCACAAGCCAGGUCCUCUCAUACCUCCUUGAACAAGCGAGUCGCGAGCUUCUUGAGGCGUUCAGGUCUCGACCGAAGUUCGAUCUUGACACACUCAUGCAAGCAACGCUGGAUGUCGAGUUCGUAGCCCAGACCCUGAGCCAGUACACUACAGAGCGAGCCUCGGCGGUCCAGGGCGAGAUUUAUUCGAUGUUGGACUCGAAGACGGACGACCAGGCGCGCACCCAACUCCAAAACGAGCUUCCUGGGAUGCGGGAGGUGCUUAAGAAGCUCCGAGACCGAUCCCGAAGCCAGUUCGCGUGCUUCAAGAGACCGCGGCGGAUACAGACCGGUCUGGAGCGCACGGCGACGGGUUAG